AGAAUAUCCAUAAGUGGUCACUGUACUGAACACUGUCCAGGUCGAGCUCGACGACGCCGACACCAUGUUAUUCGAUGUCAAUCGAAAAUUAUUCUCUCGAUCCGACCGAGUCAAAGGCGCUGAUUUCCACCCUACUGAGCCAUGGCUGCUAACAGGUCUGUAUAACGGUUCCGUCAACAUCUACAACCACGAAACUGGCGCACUUGUCAAGACUUUCGAGGUCUCUUCUGUCCCUGUACGCUGUGUCAAGUUCAUUCCCCGAAAAAACUGGUUUGUUGCUGGCUCGGACGACUUCCAGCUGCGCGUCUUUAAUUACAAUACACACGAAAAGGUUGUCGCAUUCGAGGCCCACCCUGAUUAUAUACGAUGUCUCACCGUGCACCCAACCGCGAGCAUCGUGCUCACUGGGAGUGAUGACAUGACCAUCAAAGCUUGGGAUUGGGACAAGCAAUGGAAGUGUAUUCAGGUCUAUGAAGGCCACACACACUACAUCAUGAACAUUACUUUCAACCCCAAAGACUCGAAUACCUUCGCAUCUGCUUGUCUUGAUCGGACUGUCAAGAUGUGGUCUCUUGCCUCCCCUACAGCUAACUUUACCAUGGACGCGCAUGACAAGGGUGUCAACUACGUCGACUUCUACCCUGGCUCGGAUAAGCCAUACCUCGUCACGACAGGUGAUGACCGGACUAUCAAGAUUUGGGACUACCUCAGCAAAAGCUGCGUGCAAACGAUGGAAGGACACACGAACAACCCAAGCUUCGCUGUAUUCCACCCCAACCUGCCCAUCAUCAUCAGCGGCAGUGAAGAUGGUACCGUAAAGAUAUGGAAUAGCAAUACCUACCGUCUGGAGAACACCCUCAGCUAUGCACUUGAGCGUGCAUGGUGUGUCUCGUUGCGCCGAGAUGCGAAUGAGGUGGCUGUCGGGUUUGAUGAGGGUAUCGUCGUGAUCAAGCUUGGUCGGGAUGAGCCUACAUACAGCAUGGACCCAUCGGGCAAAUUGAUAUACACAAAGAAUCAAGUCGUGCUAUCUGGCAAUCUUGCCACACUUACUGACAUCGCCACUGCAGAUGGUAACCGCAUCCCCCUGUCAAUCAAGGAGAUCGGUACCACAGAGAUUUUUGCGACGGCGCUACUACACUCGCCGAAUGGGCGCUUCGUGACUGUCGUUGGUGAUGGAGAAUACAUUAUCUACACUGCGCUCGCAUGGCGGAACAAGGCGUUUGGGUCGGGUACGGGCUUCGCGUGGGCAGGUGACUCGAACACAUACGCGGUACUGGAGAACAAGGUGAAGCUCCGGGUGUUCAAGAACUUCAAGGAGCGUGGUGGUGCGGGCAUGAAGGGUGCAGGAAGCUGGGCAGUAGAUGCCAUCUAUGGGGGUCCGGUGCUUGGCGCGCGUGGAAAGGGUUUUGUGAUCUUUUGGGAUUGGGAAAGCGGGGAUAUUGUGAGGCGGAUUGAUGUGGAUGCGAAGAAUAUCUUUUGGUCGACGACAGGGACGCUCGUGGCAGUUGUAUCGGACGACUCUUAUUAUAUCCUCAAAUUUGAUCGAGAUGCCUACAAUUCCAAACUAGAGGAAGGUAUAGAAAUCACAGAUGAGGGUAUUGAGGAAGCAUUUGAUGUUGUUGCUGAGAUUUCGGAUAGCGUGAAGACGGCGAAAUGGAUAGGUGACUGCUUUAUCUACACUACGGCUGGAAACCGCCUCAACUACUUCGUGGGCAAUGAAUCAUACACGAUCAGCCCAUCUGAUACCUCGAUGUUUAUACUGGGAUACAUUCCCGCACAUAAUCGGGUGUACCUUGCGGACAAGGACAUGAAUAUCUUCGGGUAUUCGUUGUCCUUGAGCGUCGUUGAAUACCAGACGGCUGUCCUCCGUGGUGACAUGGACUCAGCAGCCGAAAUUUUGCCGACUUUGCCCAAAGAGCAGCUAAACAAAGUUGCUCGGUUCCUGGAGGGUCGAGACCUCAAGGAGCUUGCUCUGCAAGUCACCACAGACCCUGAUCACAAGUUCGACCUUUCACUGCAGCUCGAUGAUCUAGACACAGCGGUCGAUAUUGCGCGCUCUGCCUUAGAGUCAGAGUCAGAGACGAAGUGGAAAGCGAUUGGCGAUCGUGCCCUUACGGUGUGGCGGUUCGACCUGGCUCGGGAGGCGUUCGAAAAGGCGGGUGAUUUGAGUGCGCUAAUGCUACUUCUGCUUUCGACGGGUGAUCGAGAGGGGCUGCAGAAGCUUGCAGCGACAGCUGAAAAGAAGGGUGCGAACAAUUUGGCGUUUGUGACGCUGUUUCAGCUGGGCGAUGCCAAAUCGUGCGUGGAUCUACUUGUGAAGACGGAUCGUGCGCCAGAAGCUGCGCUCUUUGCACGAACAUACGCACCAAGCGAAGUACCAAAAGUAGUCGACAUAUGGCGAGGCGAGCUGCGGACUAAAAAUAAGGGCAAGAUCGCAGGGAGCAUCGUGCACCCAUCUGAGCAUGCAGAGCUAUUUGAGGAAGGGUGGGAAGAGGCUCUUGCACGCGAGGUUGAUGGGCCUGUAGAUGUGAACGGAGAUUCCAACAUUUCCCCGAAUGAGAGUGAGGAAACAUGAUCAUGGGAUUGGGGGCAGUGGGAGGAUGAUCAGUCUACUUAUAGCGUAUAGCUUUACUGCGCAUGUCUAAAUACUUUUCUGUUCUUUACACCACGACGUCGAGCUCAGCGCUGUAGGGGAUGAUAAUGAGCUACCCUUCAAAGAGAACGGAAUUUAUGGUUUGUUGGUUACCGGAUUGGCUUCUGAACUCC